AUGUGACAUUAAUGUUAAGCAUCACUUUACUACUUUAGCAGGUGGUUGUGAUAUUGUUUGGACUAUGGAAUCCAUGUUUUUUUUUUUCUCUUACCAAUUUUAAAUUUUUGAUUGUACUAAUUUAAACAUGUUCAAGACAACAUGAUUAAGCAAUAAGACUAAGACUUUUUACACUGAAAAUGAAAGACCUUACUUCAUUACAUAUAUUGAUGAAGUCAUUAGUCAUUUACCACUCACACAAAGAAAUGGGUUUGCUUUCAUCUUCUUAUUCUUCUUCUUCUUUCACCACUUUUGUUCUAUUCCUCUUUCUUGUACAAUUAUCUUGCUUCUUCAAAAACCUUAAUGCAAAGCAUAGUGUGGCCAAUGGUCAGAACCGGGGUGGCCACCAUCACCACCACAACACCCGGAAUCCGAGGCUUGAUGGCGCCUUUCUUGCGCUGCAAGCAUGGAAGAGUGUCAUCUAUUCCGACCCAAAAAACUUCACUGGCAACUGGGUAGGUCCUAGAGUUUGCAAUUACACAGGUGUGUAUUGUGCUCCAUCACAAGAUGACCCUAAAGUGACAGUUGUAGCAGGCAUUGACCUUAACCACGGCGACAUAGCCGGCUUCCUACCGGCCGAAUUAGGCCUGCUUUCAGACCUUGCUCUGCUCCAUCUCAACAGCAACCGCUUCUGCGGCAUCCUCCCAAGAACACUAAGCAACCUCAGUCUCCUUCACGAGCUUGAUCUUAGCAACAACAGAUUUGUUGGACCUUUUCCAACGGUUGUUCUUUCCCUUCCUUCCCUCAGAUACCUUGACAUUCGGUUCAACGAAUUCGAAGGCUCAUUGCCUGUUGAUCUCUUUAACAAAACCUUUGAUGCAAUAUUUCUCAAUAACAACCGUCUUAGCAGUUCCAUCCCACGAAGCUUCGGCCGAAUCUCGGCCUCUGUCCUGGUUUUCGCCAACAACAGAUUCGGAGGCUGUCUUCCAGAAAGCAUAGUAAACUUAGCUGAAACACUGGAAGAGCUUGUCAUGAUCAACACCAGUUUACAAGGUUGUUUGCCACAGCAAGUUGGAUUUCUCUACAAAUUAAGAGUAUUUGAUGUUAGUUUCAACAAAAUUGUUGGCCCAAUUCCUUAUAGCCUUGCAGGGCUUUCUCAUUUGGAGCAGCUCAAUUUGGCACACAAUAUGAUGACCGGCAUAGUCCCUAUGGGAGUUUGUGAGCUUCCCAACUUGGCCAAUUUCACAUUUUCUUAUAACUUCUUCUGCGAGGAAGAGGGAAUUUGCCGGAACUUGACAUCAAAAAGAACUGUCUUUGAUGAUCGCCGCAACUGUUUGCCGGAGAAACCGCUACAGAGGAGCAAGAAGGAGUGCAAUGCUGUAAAUCAGAACCCUGUUGAUUGCAUAAAACUUUGUUGUACCACAGAAGGUGGUUUUGGAAACAAUGUCACAAGUUCUAGCUCAAUGCCAACAAUGCCUAUUUCUGCACCUCCUUUUAUUGCACCAAGCCACCCAUGAUCUGAAUUAGACAAUCACUUAGUACAUUGUUAUUAAUGGUGUGUUAAGUUGUUCAUCUAUGUGUUUAUAUAGUUGUGUCAUAUGCUCAGUUGUACUAUCUUUGGUUUGUUUUUUUCUUUUUGCUUUCUUUGUUUUUAGGAGAAUGUUGUAUCUAGCAUGUUUGCAGACUAUCUUUAUGUGAAUACUAGGUUCAAAUUUCAAAAGGUAAUGUUAUUUGAAGGACAUUACAUUACAUGCAGGAAUUUGAAUUUUUUGUUUUUU